AGAAAACAUGGCUUCAGAGACGAAGCGAGCCUGUACACCUCUGAGUAGUUUGAGUAUGGAUGUACUCGAACAGCUUAGUAUGAAACUAAAUCCUAGACAUCCUAUGAAAGAUUUUAGAUAUCUUGCCGGAAAAAUGAAUUAUACCUACGAAAAGGUAAGGAAUUUUGAGCGACAAAAGAACCCGACGGUGUCCCUGUUACACGAAUGGUGGAUGUCUUGGCAAAAAAACGGAGAAGUUAAGACAGUGACACAUCUGAUUGAACUUCUAAAAGACAUGGGAAGAGACGAUGCUGUAAACAUUCUCAGACCCGUCGAAUUUACAGAUUUAUCGCAACAUUCAAGUGGAAAAGACUACCAAGCAACACAUGUUGCCCUCCCUCCUGAACCACCUUUUCCAAUUGGCGGUAAUUUAUUUGGAGCAUAUUCCACUGGAGAUUUGAAAGAAACACGUCCACCUCAAGAGAACGAAUACCCAUACAACAACAACUUAACUCCACCCAGGUCAAUGUAUUACGUAGGGGAGGAUGGCAGAUCUCGUCCUUAUCAAGAAAUCAUUGCAAAUGUUCAAAACACAAUGUUCUCUGAUUUUGGAUCACCUUUAGCUUUGGAACCAAGACCACAAGUCCGCCAUCCCGCAACAGAUCGACAAAAUGGGUCAGACCAUCAAUAUGGAAAUGCUGUCUUAGAGCCCAGUUCAAUGGGACAACAAUGCAUUGUUCCAGAAAGUCCACCACGGCCAGCGGUAUCAGACAAAGUUGCUCUUGUCAUUGGAAACCAGCAGUAUGAGUGCAGCAAAUUGAAAGGACUGUUUUACGCAGAAAAAGAUGCAUAUGAUGUGGCUCAAGCCCUUUUAAGUCUUGGAUUUAAGGUUGUGGCCUUGGUGAAUCUUUCUUUAAGUGAGAUGAGGAUUGCUGUUCUUUCAUUUUGCAGAAUGUUAGGCAAGGGUGUUUAUGGAGUACUUUACUAUGCUGGUCACGGGUAUGAAGAUGGUGGAGAAAACUUUCUUCUUCCGGUUGAUGCAAAUCUGAAGUAUAAUCGGCAGGACAGUCUGCGUGCUCAAGAGAUCCUUGAGACCAUGCAAGCAUGUGAUACAGCUUUAAACCUGUUGAUCAUUGAUUCUUGUCGAAUACGGUUACCACAGAAAAGAGGCUCUGUUCACCAUUGUAAAAGAGGGCCAAAAGGAAAUAACAUUUUUGCAUAUUCAUGUUGCUCUCAACAGGAGGCAUAUGAAGCGCCACACCAGCCAAAUGGCUUGUAUGCAACACAUUUACUGAAACACAUCAGAAGAAAUGAGCGAAUUGAACUCAUACUCAUGGAUGUUGCCCGUGAUGUUAGUUGUGCAAGUAGUAGAAAUCUGAUCCAGAGACCUUGCCAUGAGAGUGAUGCAGUAGCAGAUUGUCGACUCACUGAUGGUAUCAUACCAGACUUGCUUCCAGAGGAGUUUGUGGAACGAAUGAAACUCUGGAAUCAGGCUCAUACUCUUCCAGAUGAAAUCCCACCAAUUGACAAAGAUGGACUGGUCGUAUCAUUUGAAUGCAGAUCUCUGUUUUCAAAUGUUAUGGAAAUUAAGAUCUCAGCCUAUAAUGCAAAUUCUGUUCCACUGCAAGAAGUUGUGGUGGAUCUUCAAGUACCCACACCAGUUGAGAGCAAAGUUCGCCUUCUCUCUGGUGAAGUCCUUGAUAAAAAUGGAGGAGUUUUACAACAAGUAGUUCAGUUGUCCAGACUACAAAAAUUACUGGAUCCACUAGUAGUGACACUUAAAAUGUAUUACCGAAUGGGAAACGAAAUGCGCGAUUGGGAAGAGACUGUCCGCCUUGGCUGCCCGCUGGUCUCGUCCGUGUUUGUUCAAUGGGACUGGUGGAUAACAUGCGGCAGAUUGCCUGGAGUGAAAUGUACACAGGUUUAAAUUUUCACGUGUUUUUCACAUCACGUGACUCUAAGGCCACGUGGCUCUAAGGUCACAUGACAAGCUGGAUGUGACGUUAGAUCUGUCGCUGAAUUGAGUCAGAGAAGGGGAGCAAAAGGCGAAAAAGUGGGGGGGUGGGGAUCCUAUACCAGUCUUAACUGGACAUGUAAAGAUGUUACGCCUUAAAAUUAGGUUUCCUUAAAGAAACUGUUCAAUAUGUACUCAACAAAAAGCGGUACCAUGAGUUAAGAAGGAACUAACCUAAAGCAAACCAAACUUUAUUUUAUUGCGUGUGAGUUUGCAUCUAUUAAAAGACUGUUCCUUCCACUUCCCUUUCCUUCAACCUCUGACUUCCGGAAAUGAAAGGUUUAUGCUUUUCCAAAGUUUGAUGUUAAACUAAAGACGGAGAAAACUUUUGCCCUGCAAAAAAAAAAAAGACUUUUUUUCGACAGUUGGUUUUGCAACAAAACUGAUGAUGACUAGGUCAUCGCUAUUUGGCCAUUUGAUCGUGCGAUAACAGAAUGCAGCUUAGGGACCUUCGCCAAGGUGGUCGAGCUUUGCUAAGGUGAUUAACCGGCUCGUAUUAGCUGUAAGAUGUGAUGGCUGCAAGGGUUAUUCUAGAAAUUGGGCCAAGACCUUCCAGUGGGCCCCUUUCUUAAAUUUUUGUUUGGCCCUUUUUCAAGAAAGGAUCCAACGAAAGAGGUAUUUAAAUUCGUUGAAAGAAUCUAGUCAGUGAGGAAACCAAGAUGAGAUAGGCAGUUGAGACAGUUAAAAGCUAUAAAGUUUGAAAGGACUCUUAGAUAUAAACUAUUGUACCAACUACGCCUAGACGAAAAUUUUAUGCUUUGUUUUCUCUCGAACUGCGAAAAUCUCUCAAAGCUGCGUCCUAGAAUGAAACCUGCAGCCAUACAAGGUUACUAUUGUUGUCUAGGUGUGUUGUGAAAAUUUUUCAGAGGCCUUUCAAUCUUUUUUUAUAUUUUUCGUUCUAAGUUAUUGUUGAAAGAGUGCCUUAGUUUUAUAAGGUAGAUUUUUAAAAUUAAAAUUCAACUUAAACGUU